UUGUACACAUAUAUACUCACCAAAUUUUGUAAAUAAUUAGUCAUACAUUACAUUACGUGUAUGAUAAAUUGUCAAUAUAUUAAUGACCAAUGAGUCCAUCUUAAUAAUUUUCAGGGUCAAAUGAUAUCAUGAUAUUACAUUAAGCUAACUAACACCAUAUACAAUUGUUCUUUUCCAAAACCAAAGCUUGAUCGUUUACAUAUUUUUCAUGUGAUACUCUUAAAUUCUAUCAAUACAUGGAACCAAAAUCACCAAGAUUAUUUUUAUCAGUUUUCUUGUUGUCAUUUGCAUGUAUAUUGUUCAAUACUUCAGAAUCAAAGUGUACCAAUGGUUGUCACUUAGCUCUAGCUUCCUACUAUAUUAGAGAUGGUUCCAACAUCACAUUAAAUAAUAUUUCAAACAUUAUGAAAUCCAAUGUUGUUACAAAACCUCAAGACAUUAUCACCUACAACAAAAACAUUAAUGACUCUUUCAACAGGGUUAAUGUUCCAUUCCCUUGUGAUUGCCUCAAUGGAGAGUUUCUUGCUUACACUUUUCAGCAUAAGCUUCAGUUGACUGAAACUUAUGGCUCAAUUGCUGAUUUUAUUUUUAGCAAUUUGACCACUGAGGAAUGGAUAGAGAGAGUCAAUGUUUAUUCACCAAGUAAUCUUCCUGAAUUUGGAAAGGUUAAUGUUACUGUCAACUGUUCCUGUGGGAACAGAGAGGUUUCUUUAGAUUAUGGAUUGUUUAUCACAUAUCCACUUAGGAGUGAGGACACUUUGGAAUCCAUUGCAAAGCAUACAAAACUUGAGGCUGAGUUGUUGCAGAGGUACAACCCUGGUGUGAAUUUUAGCCAAGGAAGUGGUCUUGUUUUUAUUCCAGGGAAAGAUGAAAAUGGAGUUUAUGUUCCCUUGUCCCAUAGAAAAACAGGUCAUUUAGCUAGGAGUUUAGCUACUGCUGGAAUAUCUACUGGUGGAAUUUGCAUGCUUCUGUUAUUAGCAAUCUGUAUAUACAUUAGAUACUUUAGAAAGAAGAAUCAAAAGGAGGCUAAAUUGCCAUCAAAAGAUUCUAUGGCACCUUCAACUAAAGAUGCAGGUGCGAAUGGUGAUGGAGGAGCCAAAUUUACUAUGGUGGAAAAAUCACCAGAGUUUUCCUAUGAAGAACUAGCCAAUGCUACUGAUAACUUCAGUUUGGCUAACAAAAUUGGUCAAGGUGGUUUUGGAGAGGUCUACUAUGGAGAGUUGAGAAGCCAGAAAACUGCAAUCAAGAAGAUGAAGAUGCAAGCAACAAGAGAAUUUCUUGUUGAACUGAAAGUCUUAACAAGGGUUCAUCACUUUAAUCUGGUACCCUUGAUUGGAUAUUGUGUUGAGGGAUCUCUAUUUCUUAUCUAUGAAUACAUGAACAAUGGAAACUUAAGCCAACAUCUACAUAAUUCAGAGAGAGAACCAAUGGCGUGGUCUACCAGGGUGCAAAUUGCGCUGGAUGUAGCGAGAGGCCUCGAGUAUAUUCAUGAUCAUUCAGUGCCUGUAUAUAUUCAUCGCGACAUAAAAUCAGAGAAUAUUUUAUUAAAUGAAAACUUUGCUGGUAAGAUUGCAGAUUUUGGAUUAACCAAGCUGAGUGAUGUUGCUAAUUCAACAGAUAACACUGAUCAUGUGGCAGGCACAUUUGGUUACAUGCCACCGGAAAAUGCAUAUGGACGCAUAUCGCGCAAGAUAGAUGUAUAUGCUUUUGGAGUUGUUCUUUAUGAACUAAUUUCUGCUAAAGCAGCUGUGAUCAAGAUCAAUAAACUUAGUACUGAGUUCGAGAGCCUCGAGAUUAAAACCAAUGAAUCUACCGAUGAAUACAAGAGCCUUGUAGCUUUGUUUGAUGAAGUUAUUGAUCAAGUGGGAGAUCAUGUAGAAGUUCUAACAAAACUGGUGGAUCCAAGGCUAGGAGACAAAUAUUCAAUUGAUUCUAUUAGCAAGAUGGCACAGCUUGCUAAGGCUUGCACAAACCGAGAUCCGAAGCGACGCCCGACAAUGAGAGAUGCUGUGGUUUCUCUUAUGAAACUAAAUUCUACCAUGGAUGAUAGAACUAGGGCAGAUAGUGCAGUAUUGAGUCAUGAUAUGGAGCAUGAUUCUAAUUGAAAUUCCACUGUAAAACUUAAUACUAUUCUAUUCUGUGUUGGUUGUAAAACUUAUUAUAACAGAAGAAGAACAGAAAAAAAAAAAUCAAAAUGUUAAUAAUGUCUUCCAUGAAUGAUUCUUUGCAUUAGACAUAAAUAUAUAGAAAAAGUAAAAUCUAAAACCUUUUUAAUCUAAUACAAAUUAUACAAUGUCUUAGCAUUGUUAAGUCCCACAUCACUUAGAAUAUAUCAUAAAUAACUGUAUAUAAAUGUCUAACGUGCAACAUUGUUCGCUGAGUUGGGUAACGCCAGCUUGUAACCUGAGUGGGAGCAAUAGAGUGAUGGAACAUGGCUAUAGCUUGUUGGGCUGGGCUGGUAGUUGCAAUAUGCUGGCUUGCCCGCUCCAAGUUAUGAGUUGGACCAUGGUACUUGGGCUAAAGCUUGGGUGUCUUGGUUCCUAGACGAGAGGGCACUGCGUGAGGCUGGUUUCACAGAGCAGCGAAUACCUCUGGCUCAUUACAGUGGAGGGAUUACAGGCUGCUGCACUUCGAGCCCACUAAGCCUGGUGAGCCUAGCUUCUGAACCAUCACUUUUU